AUGAUGUCAACAUUCUCUUACAUCCGGAUCCGGUUGCAUAUUUUACCAAGGCAGUUCUUUGUCCACACACGCUCGGAACCACGUAUGCCAAUCCCUAGUCUUCUUUAUCCCAUCAAAGAUAAGGCAUGGUGUAUCACUAUCUUCUCCGCCGGCACUGUCCCCAACAGGAUGAACUGCCGACGUAUCAACUCCAUCCUUCUGGGAUUGAUCACUAUCACGAUCGUGGCAGGAACGAAUGACUUUGAUUCUAACUUCCCUACAACCUUCUCUUUCAGUGAAACCACAUCAUUCGUUUGGUUGGAUUUCAAAGAUUCGAAUCUUCUUUCCUUGUUUGUUAUAGGAGAUACAGACCAGUUUGAGAAAUUACAGCUUCCAUGUUUGUUCUAUCCCCAGCAUCCCACCCAGAAAGUAGCAACUGUCGUUUCUAACAUGUAUCAAGUGGAUCCCCAGUCAUGCCGACGAUAUACAGAUAGCAUUAAGAAUUGUUUAGCAUGGGGAAAUAAUGGAACUGCGACUUUUGGGGGCGAUUAUGCUGCAACUCUCAAGGCAGGCAGACUAUACCACAUAGUGAUCAACUAUGAACUGCAAAGCGAUUCCUCUCAACACUCGUCAGAGUCAGAGGUCUUUCGAAUGAUCAACCCGUUGCCUGUUCCGACAAGCUCUGGGAAAUCAAUUAGUCCGACCUCAUCACCAACAAGCUCUUCCACUCAAUCACCGAACAGCCGGCUCACUACACUCUCCGUAUCUCGGUCUCUAUCCAGUCCUCCCAGCACAAGCCGAACCAUAAUCCCAAGCUCAAGCUCCACAACUUCAAGAUCAACUGUAGCUUCACCAUCUACUCCCUCAACAUCAGCGCCAACAUCAACACCAGCAUCCCCAAGCUCCUCUCCCUCAUCCACCCCCCACAGCGGGCUCACUCCCGGCACAAAAGUAGGAAUAACAGUUGGAGUCCUUGCAUCAAUCAUAAUCAUAUUUUUCGCAGCAUUUUUCAUCCGCAAGAAACGGCAGGCCAAAAAGAAAGCACAAUCUGAGCAACAGCGUGACCAGCCAGCCAAUAGAGAGACAGGUAUUAACCUCGAGGAUAUAUAUUUCUCGCUUGGAAGUCCGGUGACGUAUGAUAGCGUGUACGAAGGACGUCGAGGCUGGCGUCAGAGGCAUUUACCGCCGAUUUUGAUACCGGGGAGGACGACAGGGAGGGUUCAGAGUCAGCAAGAACUGCAUGGUAGUCCUUUCUGAUGUAGUUUUUGAAACUUGUAGAGAGGGUUUAGACGGGAACAGUUCUUCACUGUAGCAAAACUUUGUAUUUAGUGCAUAGCAGUGUAGUUUUUGAACUUCGCACAGCUAAGAAUGAGCUUCAGAUGUUGGAAGUUGAGGGGUAAUGAUAAAUCAUAUUCUGUUCAAUUUGAGUGUAUCUGAUGCCCUAUGUGGUACAGGCCACACGAGGCCACUGCUUUUGAGGCAUUGAAUACAAACCCUCUCGACCUGCAAGUAGCAGGAAUUGGUCUUGACUUCAAGACUAUCUGAUGAUAUAUGUCGAUUCCGCAGCAUUAAGGGCCCGAAAAUUACAGAUAGGACAACUUACAAAUUUCUGCCAGAGUUCCAGGCUCUGAUGAUCAUCCGUGCAAUCAUAGCAAAUCAAAGUCUUGACUUUCAAGCCUCAAAACUUCCAGAUCGCUCUUUAUCUCAAGCCCCCUGUCGAAUUUAAACCCUCUUUCCAUUACUAACCCAGUGAGCAAGUUCUCGUCUCAAGUCCCAAGACCAGCCAGGCAUUCGAGAUUUUCCCACGUAUGUCGUUUUGGCUCUAUCUCCUCUGCGAGUAUUUGCCACUCACUCACUCACUCACUCACUCACUUACUCACUCGCCACUCACAAUCAAAAACUUGGCAGACAAGAAGACAAGAAAAUCAAAAUUCCUCAUCCAUCGUACUCGUAUCAAAGUCUCCUCAUCAACCACUGACAUCAACGUCUCCAUUCAGGGCACAACCUACCUAUCCGCGAGGAAGUAUCCAUCCCCCAUCCCAGCCAAGCCGAGCGGAGGUCCUCUGACCCCUCCGCCCCGCCACCCGCCAAGCAUUGGCCCGCCUCUCAAGUCUCAACCCGCUCGCACGCCCCCAUUUUAGAGUUUCGACCGCCGAGCGGGAUGGAUGAUCAGGAUCAGGACUUACGACGCCGCCGCCGCCGCCGCCGCCACAGCAUGAUACGGGCGAGACGGGU